GGCAGUCCGGAUUUCUACAGACCUUGACAGUACAUGUAGAACUUGGGAAGGCUUCUCCUGACCAGAAGGACUUACCCAGACCUUGUUUGCCUCAUGCUACCAAGUACUGUCCAUGAAAUCAGAAGAUGAUUUGGAGUAACAUCAUCCAGAAAAUACUUUUCCUGUUUCUGAGUGGACAAGGAAUUGUGGGGAACAUCUUUGUACUUGUAAGACAUGUAUAUAUUUUUUCCAUGGGUCCUGAGAAAAAAACUGUGGACAUAGUCCUCAUUCACUUGGUUUUUUCAAAUACAUUAGUUAUUUGUAGCAUAGAGAUCAGACAGAUAACCACCAACCUUAAUUACCUAAACUUCCUAGGCGAUGUUGGCUGCAAAAUUGUAGUUUAUCUGGAAAGAGUGGCCCGAGGCCUUUCCAUCUGCACCACCUGUCUCCUCAGCAUGAUCCAAGCCAUCACCAUCAGUCCCAGAGCCUCGCUGUGCAGAAAAAUCAAACCACAGACUACAUGGCAAGUUCUUCCCUAUCUCCUCCUCUUUUGGGUCUUGAACUCUCUGAUCAGCUCUAACCUACUCCGCUAUAUCAUAGCAGUCAGAAGCAUGAACAGCAGCACUAGAAUUGAAAUGCCAUACCAAUAUUGUUGUAUGCUACCAUCUAAGGAAAUAAUUAAGUGGCUUUUCCUCUCCCUCUUGACUCUUCGGGAUGUGAUCUUUCAGAGUCUCAUGGGCUGGAGCAGUGGGCACAUGGCUUUCCAUCUGUAUAAACAUCACAAGCGAGUCCUCUACCUUCAUAGCUCCAGGUUCACACACAAUUCCAGCCCAGAAAUCAGAGCUACUUUAAGUAUUCUCAUUCUCAUGACCUGUUUCCUUGUCUUUUAUUGGGCAGAUUUCAUGUUCUCCUUCUACAUAGGUUCUACCUUAAAACAUGAUUCCACAAUUUUAAAUAUUAAACUAUUUAUAGAACUGGGUUAUGCCAGUCUAAGUCCCUUUGUGUUGAUCAACCAAAACGUCCACCGCGUCAGUUGA